AUGGCGACACUGCUGAGAAUCCAAGAGAUUUUGAACAGGAGAAAUAUUAAGCGAGAGCGAAUAUUCAGAGAUAGGACCCAAAUAUUGGACACGCUGACCGACACAGAACUGAUUGCCAGGUAUCGUUUCCCUCGACAUAACAUCCUUCAGCUGGUUGAUCGGGUCAGCUCGGCCAUCACUCGGCCGACCAAGCGUUCGUGUGCCCUACCAGCCCAUGUUCAGGUGUUAGCAACACUUAGAUAUUAUUCUAAAGGUGGAUUUCUCAGCGAACUAGGAGACAUACAUGGUAUUGCCAAGUCAAGUGUUAGUCGCGUGUUGGAAGACACUACGGAAGCAAUUGUCAACUCGCACGAUCUGAUCCGGUUUCCAUCGCCCGACAAACAUGCAAAACUUGCGGAGGAUUUCUUCAACAUCUGUGGUUUUCCGAAAGUUGUUGGCUGCAUAGAUUGCACUCUAAUACCGAUUCAACGGCCACCAUUGGAUGAGGCAGUAUAUGUGUGCAGGAAAGGAUUCCAUGCCAUCAAUGUGCAAGCUGUGUGCGACGCUCAACUGCGAUUCACGAACAUCAUCGUCCAAUGGCCUGGAUCAACACAUGAUUCCCAUAUAUUUAAUAACUGCAAUUUGAAAUGCUGUCUCCAGGAAGGGAAAUAUGGCAUCUGGCUUCUUGGUGAUUCAGGGUAG